AAUAACAAAAGAUCCUGGAAACAUGCACCCAACAUGCACAAAUCAAAGGGGAAUUGGAGUCUCUCAGUGAGGUGACGCAGCCACUCCCGCCUGUCAUAUAAGCUGCACCAUGCAGCACUGGGUCUGUUACUUACGGACCGGGAUGCUGGGGCAGCUGGCACUGCUGGUUCUCGGAGCCUUCCCUGUCACAGCACAGACUCCAGCAUGCAGGCUGCUGGGGAGAGCCAUCAUGCCCAGUUUCGCUCAAGACGGCCACAUCAUCCUGGGUGCAGUUUUUUCCCUCCAUGGAAAAACAGGCGAAACACAAAACCAAUUCACAUCCAAGCCCAAAAACGUGGACUGCUUAGGGUAAGCUGGAGCCUAAAUGAGCUUUAAAAUGCCAAAACAAAUAACUUUACCUGAUUACUGAAAUGUUUUUUCAAUUUGUCGUGGAUCUUGUCUUAAAACUGUACAUAUUCUCUGUCCAGAGUAAAUUUCAGAGAGUUCCGACUGGCCCAAACAAUGAUCUUUGCCACUGAAGAAAUAAACAACAGAACAGACAUCCUGCCUGGUUUGACCCUGGGUUAUAAGAUUUAUGACACCUGUGCCUCAGUAACAUUCUCAGUACGGUCUGCGAUGGCUCUGAUGAACGGCUAUGAGGAAAGCCUGAGUGAUACAUCCUGCUCCAGACCUGCAGCUGUCCAGGCCAUCAUAGGGGAGUCUGGGUCCACAAACACUAUGGCCAUUGCGUCAAGUGUUGGGCCAUUUCAGAUUCCAGUGAUCAGCCACUUUGCCACCUGUGCCUGCCUGAGCAACAGAGAAAAAUACCCGUCCUUCUUCAGGACCAUUCCCAGUGACUACUACCAGAGCAGAGCACUGGCCCAGCUGGUCAAACACUUUGGCUGGACCUGGGUGGGGGCCGUCAGGAGUGACAGUGACUAUGGAAACAAUGGGAUGGCCACAUUUAUAGAGGCUGCUAGACAAGAAGGAAUCUGUAUUGAGUAUUCGGAGAAAUUUCACAGAACACAACCUGACAAGCUGCUGAAAGUUCUAGAUGUGAUCAAAAAAGGUACAGCAAAGGUAAUUGUGGCUUUUUUGGCUCUUUUAGAAAUGAACCAUUUCUUGGACCAGCUAACAAUUCAGAACAUAACUGGUCUUCAGUUGAUUGGAACUGAAGGGUGGAUAACUGCAAGCAGCCUUGUGACACCAACAAGUUUCAGAGUUCUUGGCGGGUCGGUUGGGUUUGCUGUGACAGGAGCUAAAAUAAGCGGCUUGAAGGAAUUUGUGCUGAAACUUCACCCAUCAAUGAAUCCAAACAACACUGAUCUCCAAGACUUCUGGGAAACGGCUUUUCAGUGCUCCUUAACAACAGAACAUAAUUCAAGAUACAAAGCACCCUGCACAGGUACUGAAAGCCUAAGUGAUCUAAAUAACCCAUAUACUGAUGAAUCUGAGAUAAGGAUAACUAACAAUGUCUACAAAGCUGUUUAUGCAGUAGCACAAUCUCUGCACAGCUUGCUGAACUGUACACCACAAGGCUGUGCAAGCAGAUCAAAAACUGAGCCCAGACAGGUCCUGAAGUCUCUGCAAAAGGUCAAUUUCACUUUGAAAACUGGAGAACGGGUUUUCUUUGAUGGUAACGGAGACCCGGCAGCUAAAUACGAGGUCGUCAACUGGCAGCUUAAUCCUGAGGGUGCUGUAGAGUUUAAGGCAGUGGGUUACUACGACGCCACCUUACCAGCUGGUCGACAGUUUGUUAUGAGUCCAGUCAGUAUGGUCUGGGCAGGUGGUCAACGAGAGAUGCCCCAAUCAAAGUGCAGUGAGAGCUGUCCCCCAGGAACCCGCAAGGCCGUGCAGAGAGGAAAGCCUGUCUGCUGCUACGACUGUGUACCCUGUGCUGAGGGGGAGAUCAGCAAUGCUACAGGUAACACAAGAAUAUCUUUUUCUAGAUUACACCGUUCAUUGCCCAUCCUGGUCAGGGUCACAGUAUUAAAUUGA